AUGUACGAACCGGACACGGCCGCCAUCCUUCCCGGCGACGGCGGACCGCAAGCCGACGACGGGAAGUUGUCGCCGGGCCACGAAGAGGAGGACACCGGGGCGCCGGCCUCUCGGGCCGCGGGGCCGCCGUUCGCGUGCCCGCUGCCGGUGUCCGUGGAGCCCGUCAUGUUCCUGUCCGUGUUCGCCGUCGUCCUCCAGGCGCCGCUGACCACGCAGUACAUUUGGGACCGAAUGAGCGAGGACCUGGGCUACAAUGUCUCCAAGAGGUCGCAGUGCGGGAACGGCUCCGUGGAGCACGACGCUCUUCAGAAGGAGGUUGAAACCUUGACAGCACACUGGAACCUCUACCUCAGUCUUGCGGGCUUUUCCGUGGGCUUGCUCGUGGUUCCGCUCCUGGGCUCGUGGAGCGACUUUGCGGGUCGCAGGCCGGUCCUCAUCAUCCCCAACUUGGGUCUGGCCUUGCAAGUGGCGGUCUACCUGUUGGUGAUGUACCUCAAGCUGCCCGUGGUAUAUUUCCUGGUGGGGAGACUGCUCAGCGGGCUUUCCGGGGAUUUCAACGCCAUCCUCGCUGCCUGCUUUGCGUAUGUAGCCGACACCAGCGACAAAAGAGCCCGCACUUUCAGGGUGGCGGUCCUUGAGGCUUGUAUUGGCCUCUCGGGGAUGUUUGCCAGCAUCAUCGGAGGGCACUGGAGACGGAUGCAAGGCUACAUCAGCCCGUUCUGGUUGGUCCUGUCUACCAGCCUAGCGUCGGCUCUGUACGUGUUCCUGUUCGUCCCAGAGUCUGUGGUGAAAGAUCCUAACGCCAAGCUUCUCACCGUUCGCCACCACAAAGCCGUGUGGCACAUUUUUUCCACUGGCGGCAGCGACGGCAGCGGGAACUUCCCGAGAUACAAACUGUGGCUCUACAUGCUUUGCUUUUUCCUGGUGGUGUCCGUGCACAUCGGGAGCCGCGAACUUUACGUUCUGUACGAGCUGAGCCCGCCUCUGUGCUGGGGGCCGACGCUCAUCGGAUACGGAUCGGCAGUUUUGCACUUGGGCUACCUGAGCAGCCUGCUGGGGCUGAAAGUUAUGCUGUGCUGGUUGGAGGACUCGUGGGUGGCCGUCAUUAGUCUGGCCUCCAACAUCACCGGGCUGCUGGUGUUCUCCGUGGCGAACAGCACGCUACUUAUGUUCACAGGUUACGGUUUGUUGUUGUUCUUCGUGGUUGCUACACCCGUUCUCAGGUCCAAGCUGUCCAAGUUGGUCAGCCCGUCGGAACAAGGUGCCCUGUUUUCAUCCGUGGCCUGUGUGGAGAGCUUGUGUUUCCUGGUGGGCAGCGGCCUCUUCAACUCGAUCUAUCCGGCCACGCUACACUUCAUGAAGGGCUUCAUCUUCCUCUUGGCUGCCAUCAUCCUCCUCAUCCCAGCCGGGAUAAUCGGGAGCCUGCAGUGUUUCGAGAAGAAAGACCUUAGCGACUCCACCUCAUCCUGACUUGCGGUGUCAAGACCACCAUGAAAUGCCAAACCCGUGAGGUUAAUCAUGCGGGUUUUUGUCGGGGGGGGAGGGGAAAUCUCAAGUCG